ACCUUUAGUGCUCAUGCGCGAGAAACAAGUGAAAAGCCAGCUAUCAAAUCCUUGUACCAUCGGUGGACAUUACAUAAAAUGUGUUAGCUACUUAGUAAGAAAUUAUUAUUAAUAAAUGUAAAUCACUAACAACGGUGUUAGUUGUGCUUCUAAUCAGUACGUUAGGUUGCAUGCAAUGGAUUAUACUGGGUCUGUUAGCUAGCUUGCUAACACUUAGCUAGCUAACGUUACGUUAGCUAGCUCUCGUUCAACGAGUUGGCCCAUCUUGCGCUAGCUAACACUAGUCAGUCAGUUCGGUUUCGUCUAUUUAUUUCAAAGUAUUAGCUAACUACCAGUAAUGGUAAGUCAGACAGCAUUUGGUAGUAGCUAGCUAGGCCCUAGAAUUGAACGAUGUAAGCCUCUGGACUGAUUUGAUCCUAUGUUGUUAAUUAGGAAUGAUCCUUGUCUGUUUUCUUGCAACCACUCUCCUGUGGGUUUACGCAUAUUAGCACUAACCCUCGGCCUACCCAAUGCUGAUGUUACGUUUUAAUUCAUUCUAGCUUUCACUGACUUCUCUUAUGGCACACCCGAUGUGGUAUACAAAGCCUUUAUUAACCAGACAGUCGCCAUCACAUCCACCUAGCACUGAGUCGACCCUCUGACUACUCAGUCAUGGACAAAGGUUUGGUACCAGGUAGGACCAGUUCGGUCUCAGAGGAGAUGGAGGGGAUAUGUGUGAUGCCAGAUAUGAGUGGCAUCAAGUUGGAACACCCGGGUGGGAGUGCGGGCAACACAGGUGCACAGAACGUGGCCAUGGGGAUCAAGUUCAUUCUGCCCAACCGCUUCGAUAUGAACGUGUGCUCAAGAUUCGUCAAGUCACUCAACGAGGAGGACAGCAAAAACAUCCAGGACCAGGUCAACUCCGAUUUGGAGGUGGCUUCUGUUUUAUUUAAAGCCGAGUGUAAUAUUCAGACGUCACCCUCACCGGGGUUACAAGUGCGUCAUGUUUAUACCCCGUCCACCACCAAACACUUCUCUCCCAUCAAACAGUCGACAACACUCACCAACAAGCACCGUGGUAACGAGGUGUCCUCCACACCUCUUCUGGUCCACUCUCUGUCCAUUCACCAGCUAGCAGCACAGGGCGAAAUGGUUUUCCUGGCCAGCAGGAUUGAACAAGAGAGCGUGAUUAACCUGCAGGAUGAGGAAGGCUUCACCCCCCUGAUGUGGGCUGCAGCACACGGACAGAUUGCAGUCGUAGAGUUCCUGCUCCAGAACGGAGCGGACCCCAACCUGUUGGCUAAAGGCAGAGAGAGUGCUCUGUCUCUGGCAUGCAGUAAGGGAUACACAGACAUCGUGAAGAUGCUGGUCGACUGUGGGGUGGACGUCAAUGAAUAUGACUGGAACGGCGGGGCUCCCGUGCUCUACGCUGUCCAUGGGAACCAUGUGCCCUGUGUGGAAAUGCUCCUGGAAAGUGGAGCCGACCCCACCAUUGAGUCCGACUCUGGCUUCAACGCUAUGGAUAUGGCUGUGGCAAUGGGCCAUAGGAAUGUUCAACAGGUGAUGGAGGCCCAUCUACUGAAGCUGCUUAUGGGGAUGCGAGAUUGACCAGAUCCCAGGGAAAAGCCACUAACCUGGGGGACAUGAAGGACUGCCUGGGAAUGGAAAUACAGUAUACGCCAUAAUGAAUUAAGAAAUAUGUCUGAGGACAAACGUGAAGCACGUCUACGAGACUCACCUGUUAGGCUCAUGUGUGAAACGUUUAGGAAGAAUGUGUGUGAGUAUUUAGGCACCCCAUGUAUGUUUUGGGUAGACAUCCUAUUGAGUUUUGUAUCAAACCAUGUAAAUAACUUCUGAGCAAAAUGCCAAUGUGAGAAACUAGUGCAUAAACCCAAACGUCUACACUAAUCAUGCAUUAAUAAAUGGGGGAUGUUGAAAGUGGA